AUGGUCGCCGGCGAGAAUGGAUGCGCAAACGCCUUCUCCAAGUAUGAGGAAUUGGCGUCGUCCCUCCCUGCAUCCCAGAAGGGUAUCGGGAGCUCCCCGUACCGGAAGCACGAAGGCUUCUGGUACCCGGAGCACCAGCUGGCGCCGACGCUGGCGAUGCGGGACACGUUCGUCGCCCGCCCGACCGACAUCAUCCUCGCCACCAUUCCCAAGUCCGGCACGACGUGGCUUAAGGCCCUCGUCUACUGUGUCGUCCACCGCGGCCACCACGCGCCGGCCGACGAGCGCCACCCACUCCUCGUCUCCAGCCCGCACGACGUGGUCCCGUUCCUGCACUCCAUCUACGAGAACCACCGCUCCGCGUCGCCCGUCCCGGUCCUCGAAGAGAUGCCGUCGCCGCGUGUCCUGGCCGUGCACGCGCCGUUCACGGCCCUGCCGCCAUCGGUGCGGGAGUCCGCGUGCCGCGUCGUCUAUCUGUGCCGAGACCCCAAGGACACUUUUGUCUCGCUCCGUCACUACGUCGACAAGAUCAAGCCCGAGGGAUCCGCCAUGACGCCGUUCGCCGAGGCGUUCGACCUGUUCUGCGACGGCGUGUCACCGUUUGGGCCGGUCUGGGACAACAUGGCCGAGUACUGGAAGAAGAGCAUGGCGCGGCCGGAGGAGGUGGUGUUCCUCCGGUACGAGGACCUGAAGGAGGACACUGUGGGGAACGUGAGGCGCCUAGCGGCGUUCCUCGGCUGCCCAUUCACCGACGAGGAGGCAGAGAGAGGCGUCCCUGAGGCGAUUGUGACGCUGUGCAGUAUGGACAAGAUGAGGAGCGUCAAGGCCAACCGGGAUGGGAUGCACUGGAACGGCCGUUCACGAUUCAAGAACUCGGCCUUCUUUCGAAAGGGGGAGGUCGGUGACUGGAAGGCGCACAUGACGCUGGAUAUGGCGAGGAGACUGGAUGACAUCGUGGAGGAAAAACUGCGAGGAAUAGGAUCUGGGCUCUCCAUGAUCGGCCAGCCAUGA